AUGUCAUCAAACGAUCUUGAAGGAUUAAUAACUGUAUAUCGUCAACGUCUCAAAGAGGCCGAACAACGUCUCCGACAGCAAACUGAAGAAAAUGAACGAGAACGACAAAAGCAUGCUGAAGACAUCGAAGGAGAACGAAAGCGUCGUAUGAAUGCUGAACAGAUCACUCAAAAAACGACUCUUAUGGAAUACCUUAGACUCUGCCAUGAACAUCUCUUCGAACCCAUAUCUAUUGAAACCAACAAAACCUUUCUACCAAAGGAACUACUAUGA